GCGGACUCAGCACCGCGGGUCCCUGCGCUGUCUGCACAUGCGCGACGGCUCUGUUCCUUCUUCCUCCACUUCAGUGGGUUCUGCCGUCCGGGGAGCCGCUGCCGCCGCCGCCGCGGAGUCGGGAAGUUCAAGAUGGCCGCCGCGGAGGCCCCGUCGCUGCGGGAACAGCCGGAGAUGGAGGAUGCUGAUAAUUCUGAAAAGAGUGUGAAUGAAGAAAAUGGAGAAGUAUCAGAAGACCAAUCUCAAAAUAAACACAGUCGUCACAAAAAAAAGAAGCAUAAACACAGAAGUAAACACAAGAAACAUAAACAUUCCUCAGAAGAAGACAAGGAUAAAAAACACAAACACAAGCAUAAACAUAAGAAACACAAAAGGAAAGAGGCUGUUGAUGCUUCUGACAAAGAAGCUAUGUCUCCAGCAAAAAGAACUAAACUUGAUGAUUUAGCUUUGCUAGAAGACUUGGAAAAACAGAGAGCUUUGAUUAAAGCUGAACUUGAUAAUGAGUUAAUGGAAGGCAAGGUCCAGUCUGGGAUGGGGCUCAUCCUACAAGGUUAUGAGUCUGGCUCUGAGGAAGAAGGGGAGAUCCAUGAAAAGGCGAGGAAUGGAAAUAGGGCUAGUACUAGAUCUUCAGGUACAAGGGGAAAACUUGAACUUGUGGACAAUAAAAACAGUACAAAAAGGCGAAGUAAAAGCAGAUCCAAAGAACGGACUAGACACAGGUCGGAUAAAAAGAAAAGUAAGGGAGGUAUUGAAGUGGUUAAAGAGAAAGCGACUAGGAGCAAGUCAAAGGAAAGGAAAAAAUCAAAAAGUCCAUCCAAAAGAAGUAAAUCUCAAGAUCAAGCAAGAAAAUCAAAAUCUCCUACCCUGAGAAGGCGGUCUCAAGAGAAAGUUGGGAAGGCCAGAUCUCCUACCGAUGAUAAGGUUAAAAUCGAAGACAAAAAUAAGUCAAAAGAUAGGAAAAAAUCGCCAAUUAUAAAUGAGAGUAGAAGUCGUGAUCGAGGUAAAAAGUCAAGGUCCCCAGUUGACUUACGAGGUAAAUCCAAAGACAGAAGAUCAAGAUCCAAAGAAAGAAAAUCCAGACGCUCUGAAAUUGAUAAAGAAAAGAAGCCAAUUAAGUCGCCCUCUAAGGAUGCUUCAUCUGGGAAAGAAAACAGGUCCCCCAGCAGAAGACCUGGUCGCAGUCCUAAGAGAAGAAGUUUGUCUCCGAGGCCGCGCGAUAAGUCAAGGAGGAGUAGGUCUCCACUCAUCAAUGAUAGGCGGUCCAAGCAGAGCAAAUCCCCGUCUCGGACUCUGUCUCCAGGUAGAAGAGCAAAGAGCAGAUCCUUAGAACGAAAACGAAGGGAACCCGACAGGAGGCGGCUCUCUUCUCCAAGAACACGACCUCGAGAUGAUAUCCUGAGUAGACGCGAAAGAUCCAAGGAUGUCAGCCCGAUCAAUAGGUGGUCUCCAACCCGAAGAAGAAGCAGAACCCCCAUUAGAAGAAGGUCUCGCUCCCCACUCAGGCGAAGCAGGUCUCCUCGGAGAAGAAGCAGGUCUCCUCGGAGAAGGGACAGAGGUCGGAGGAGCAGAUCUCGCUUGAGAAGGCGGUCCCGGUCGCGCGGAGGGCGUAGGCGGAGGAGCCGGAGCAAAGUAAAGGAAGACAAGUUUAAAGGAAGUCUGUCUGAAGGGAUGAAAGUGGAGCAGGAGUCGUCGUCUGAUGAUAACCUGGAAGACUUUGAUGUAGAGGAAGAAGAUGAAGAAGCCCUGAUAGAACAGAGACGAAUACAACGGCAGGCGAUUGUGCAGAAAUACAAGUACCUUGCUGAAGACAGCAACAUGUCUGUGCCGUCUGAACCCAGCAGCCCCCAGAGCAGCACUCGGACACGAUCGCCCUCCCCGGACGACAUCCUGGAGCGCGUAGCUGCCGAUGUCAAGGAGUACGAGCGGGAGAAUGUGGAUACUUUCGAGGCCUCAGUGAAAGCCAAACAUAAUCUGAUGACAGUGGAGCAGAACAAUGGUUCAUCUCAGAAGAAGCUGUUGGCGCCUGAUAUGUUUACAGAAUCUGAUGAUAUGUUUGCUGCAUAUUUCGAUAGUGCUCGUCUUCGGGCUGCUGGCAUUGGGAAAGAUUUCAAAGAGAAUCCCAACCUUAGAGAUAACUGGACUGAUGCAGAAGGCUAUUACCGCGUGAACAUCGGUGAAGUGCUGGACAAGCGCUACAACGUGUACGGCUACACGGGGCAGGGUGUCUUCAGCAAUGUCGUACGAGCCAGAGAUAAUGCGAGAGCCAACCAGGAAGUGGCUGUGAAGAUCAUCAGAAACAACGAGCUCAUGCAAAAGACUGGUUUGAAAGAACUAGAGUUUUUGAAAAAACUGAAUGACGCUGAUCCUGAUGACAAGUUUCACUGUCUGCGGCUCUUCAGACACUUUUACCACAAGCAGCAUCUUUGUCUUGUGUUUGAGCCUCUCAGUAUGAAUUUACGAGAGGUGUUAAAAAAAUAUGGUAAGGAUGUUGGUCUUCAUAUUAAAGCCGUCAGAUCAUACAGUCAGCAGUUGUUCCUGGCAUUGAAACUCCUUAAAAGGUGUAACAUUCUCCAUGCGGAUAUCAAGCCGGACAAUAUCCUGGUUAAUGAAUCAAAAACAAUUUUAAAGCUUUGUGAUUUCGGGUCGGCUUCCCAUGUCGCGGACAAUGACAUAACGCCUUAUCUUGUCAGUAGAUUCUAUCGUGCUCCUGAAAUCAUUAUAGGUAAAAGCUAUGACUAUGGUAUAGAUAUGUGGUCUGUAGGUUGUACGUUAUAUGAACUCUAUACUGGAAAGAUUUUAUUUCCUGGCAAAACCAAUAAUCAUAUGCUGAAGCUCGCUAUGGAUCUCAAAGGAAAGAUGCCAAAUAAGAUGAUACGGAAAGGUGUAUUCAAAGAUCAACAUUUUGAUCAAAAUCUCAACUUCAUGUACAUAGAAGUUGAUAAAGUUACGGAGAGGGAGAAAGUUACUGUCAUGAGCACCAUUAAUCCAACUAAGGACCUGCUGGCUGACUUGGUUGGGUGCCAGCGGCUUCCUGAAGACCAGCGUAAAAAAGUGCACCAGUUGAAGGACUUGUUGGACCAGAUCCUAAUGUUGGACCCAGCUAAGCGAAUUAGCAUCAACCAGGCCCUACAGCAUGCCUUCAUCCAGGAAAAAAUUUAAACGAGAUGAAGAAACUCCAAGGGUUUGAGUAAUUAAAUACAAAGACUGAAGAAAUUUCACAGCAGUUUAUUAAUGUAUAUAAACUUAUAAAUAUUUCUCCAGCAAAUUUGAGGAAGCAUGAUAUAUUUGAAUUAACUCCAAGGGUGAUAUUUCUUUUAGAAAUGUUAGUUAAUCUGUUUUGUGUCUUAUGUGAAAUUUCACUGUAGAACUGUUUUAUUGCCAAGACUGCACAGAAUUACAGUGCUAAUGUAUAUGGUUGCAGUUCACAUAAAAGACAAAAGCAUCUGUUAUGAAUGAGUAGUACUACUGGGUGGUUGACUUGUUGUUAGCAGACGUGGCUUCGUUUGGUCUCCGAUGCGAUGGCCAGCAUAAAUGCUGUUUAUAUUCACGUUUCCCUAGGUGUGUGUGUGCAGGCCACAGCAGCACGCCCUUGGUGUAGUCAGUGCCGAAGGGAGUCUGUUCCUUCUGAGCCUGCCUGCAGGGAUGGUCUCCUUGUAAAGCAGGGUGUGUCCAACAUUCAGUACACUGAAGGUAAGCUAACCCAUCACCAUCAUUGGUGUUUUAGGAUGUUAUUUUACUGGAGCAAUUGACAAAUAAGGAAUAUUAGCUUUGUGGCAGAAUUCCCUGCAUGUGUGAUAAUUGAUCUUGUUUUAUUUUUUGGCAUCGCAGCCGUGGCAUAGUUAACAGUUUCUGUUCUGUUCAUCACAUUUAAAAUUUGAAGAGUACGCGCUUGAUGGAUAGAGCGCCUUCAGUGUACUGUUUCUAUUAACUUUACUUUUUUAAAUCAACUUGCUAUAGACUUUAUAUACAUUUUGUUAAAUAUAGUUCCUAGUGACAUAGAAAUGAUGCGUAGUUUUCAUUUACUAAUUAAAAAUGUCGAGGCCUAAUUCUGACAGUCCUCAUAUUUAAAGGUUAGAUAGACAACAUAAUGAAAUUUUUAACUAUUUGUAUGUCAUUUUGAAAGUGUACUGCUUUAUGGUAAAAGUGUUUUUCAUUUGUUCAUUGUUUUCAUUAUUUGUGAUCAUGUUGUCUUUCAAUACAGGCAUAAACCUUCCACUCUUGAACAAAGCAGCUGCUUUUUAAAAGCGGUAAUUGCUUCUUUACCUUUUAUUUCUUUUGUAAAUGAAGCUUUUCUUUAAGGAUGUGACUUUAAAGUGUUGUCUAUUGCAUAAAACAGUUGACACUCACUUAUUGUAAAGUGAAGAUUGUUCUACUGCAUGUGACGUGGACCAUGCAGAUUUCUGUAUGUUCUCAGUAUGCAUCACUAGAUAAUAAAGUCUUUUGUGAACAAGGCAUUUGUAGCCAUUUUUAAAAGUUUUUGUCUUCAGAGCUGGUAAGUCAGGUAAACCAUAAGUAGUUACAAGCAACCUUUCAUUUGUUUUUCUGAAAGUCUUUAAUUAAAGUAUUAGUUGUUAAACUAUAAACUUAGCCAAAAGUUUAUCAUUUUAUUGAUAAUUCGGAUCCUAAUAAGUUCAUCAGAAAUCCCUACGAGUGUUGUCAGCUUGCAGUGUAGUGAGAUUGUUCCUGUAGGUUACAGGCCGCGAUUCAGGAUUUAACUAAUGUUUCUGCUAUUUUCUCACUUUUCCUUUUGAUGGUGCGGAAAGAGAAAAAGGAAAACGGGGCACAGGCCAUUCCACGCCUUCUCCAAGGGGUCUGAUUUGCUGAGACACCAGCUCCACCUUCUUAACAAGGUUAUUUCUGACAGCAUGUGUAGAUAAACACUUAGCAACAAUUUAAACAGAAUCAUGUAAAUCAGCUUGGUUUUGCAACACAGAAGAAUUCGUAUUUAACACAGCAGUGAGUUUUCAGAAGUGUAUGUAAUCUUUUCUGUUUGGGGGUAAACUAGUGGUUGUCUCCCUGAGGAAUAUGAAAAGCGAUCAGAUUUUAGGGGGUUUAAUAAUCUUUUUAAAUUGUAAAUGGGAUUUUUUUAUCCACCCAGGCACCUAAUUACAACCCGCAUGCACAUUUUGGUGCACUCAAGAAUGGAAAAUCAGAGUAGCAGCAUUCUGCUGGUGGGCUUUGCUCCAUUUAAAGACAUGGGAUGAACUGCACCAGGAAGGUGAUAGAUGAUAGAAUAAGCCACCUCUGAACCUACACCCCGUCUCUCCAUGGCUUAGACUUGCUAACAUAGAUGCAAGGCGAUUGUCGUCUUCAGGUAGACUGAAGCCUUUUAAAGAAGGCGUCCCAGUGCAGCUUUUCCACCUUAAUGAACUGGAUCGCGAUGUUUCCCACCAUUAGUUACUUUAUUUUGAUGACAGUGUGCUGCAUAUUCAAGUCUUGUUUAGUUAUUCGCACUUGAGAUAGUUAACAUUUUGAUGCUUCUGGUGAUUUUUAUGGCUUCAUUUUAUAUAAUUAUUUAAGUAAGUUAAUUUUCACUAGAAACAGUUCAUCUUAUACCUUCAAAACUGUUACCUGUUCUUUAAAAAACAAAGUUGCUUGUUACUUGUUCUUUGUGUUUUAGGUGCAGCUCAGUGGAAGAUGAUGGCAACCAGAAGACAUGAGCUAAGGUUUCUGUCCUAUAAAAGAUUAAAAAACCAAAAGAGAUUCCUGCAUUUAGUUUUUGUCUAAUUGUUUUCAGUUUUCAGCAUUAUGAUUUGGGUUUCAUUAGUGUUGGUAUUUAGAGUAGCAGUGCUGUGUGGUGUUCAUCUGUGAGUGCUUGUUUGCUCAUACUCUCUGCCUCUUCCCCCCCCCCCCCCAAAUUAAAACAGUGCUCAGAUGUUACUGGAGGAUGAGCGCCCAUGUAACACCUGGGUAUCAAGAUGGGCGCUGAGGUCUCCUGGGAAAAGACGGCCACUGACGUAGCUGAGCUGGAGGCAGAUGAAAAGGUGUUGAGCGUUGUUCAACCCCUGGGGUAGCUGUUCCCCGGCUGCCCCUCACCAACCUUGUUUUUUAACAAGUGUUGCAGUCAUGGUCUUAAAAUGGACGAAAUACUUAGAGCCAUUGUCAGUUUUUCCUCUUAAGGGAAAGGACAAAAGUGAUGCUAUUUUUUUAUAUUCCCAGAUUUAGCAUUCCUAGACUCACAUGUUUGAAGGGAGCCCUGCAAUCCAUGUUUUAUAUACAGAUACGUGAAUUUUUUUUAAAUUAGGAUUUGUCAUUUUGCCAAGGCAGAAAUUGGAAUUCUGUGUCCCCUUGGUUAAGACUGAGGUCUUUUAGUGAAAGAUCCGUCUCAAACUGCAUUCUGGUUUGAGAGGGAAUUCCUGUCAUUUAUGCUGUUAACGCUUCUUGGCAAAAAUGAUUCUAAGUGAUUGUCAGACUGAGGUGCGUAAUCUGUAGAUCUUAUUCUUGAAGGGCGUGAGAAAUGGGCUUGGAAUUGGGAGGUUUCUAAGCAAGGGGAGCAUCUAGUCAUAAGUGUGGCUCUCCUAAUGCGUGUGCUCACUCAGCACCUUAUUAGUAGCAUCCUUUUUCUUGAACCCCCAGUGACUUAGCUGAUUUCACUGUUUCCUCAAAAUAACUUCAUAUUUUAAAAUGUUAUGACUUUUUAACUUGACAUUAUAUUUGCAACUUUUUCCUAAGAAAAUACUCAGACACUUUUAUAAUGCAAAAUGUUUGUUCUCUCAUGGUAUGUGACAGACAGACGUAAGGUUCUCGGUUUACUUCCUUAUUUGCAGUCUCCCUGCGGAGCUCUCUACCUUUGUGGUCAUUUGUAGUAAGCAGAGCUAAAAUCUGGAAGAACUACCACGCAUAUUGAGAGUUAGGUCAAGCAGUUCAGGAACGCCCUUCCAGGUGUCUCAGUUAGGAAAGAAGCCAUAUAUCCAAGCGUGCCAUUUCCCUGGUCAGUCAGAGCGACACCGGUAGCAGGUGGGCCUCGUCAGGGUUUCUUUCCUGAUGGUAUCCUAGCUCAGCAUGUGUUGACCAUGAACUUGGUCACCCUGCUAGGUGGGAAGUCUUCCUUAAGAGUGUUCACGGCAAGUUCAUUGUGUUUUUUACAUGUCAGUAAUGCAAACUAAGUUGACUUGGAAAUGUUUCCAGUUAUUUUGCUUGGUAGAUGUUGUGGCAUCCUUAAUUUCUCUUCUCCUUCUGUAUGUAGGGUAAGGGAUUGUUCGGAAGAACCUUUCCAUUUAGUGAUCAAGAUGUGGACGCUGGUCUGUGAAAGUGCUCACUGUGUACCGUUUGUCCGUGGUAUUUAAACUGUAACUGGCAUUUCCGUAGCACAUGUUCCCCUCAACAUUUGGGAAACUUAAUAAAAUAUGCCUCUAGUUA